AAAGAUCACCGAAACGAGUCCAUAAAAGCAAUUGGAAAUAGGAAAGAUAACAAUAAGGAGCCUUAAUAUAUUUACCUUAAUUUAAAUUGGUGUUAAUAAUCAAUUACCUCCUGAGAAUCAUUGACAAUUUGAUUCAAUUCCAAGAAACGAAUUUCAUUUCUUCACUUCGCAAUCAAACUUUUUGUUGUGUCUCAAUUGAAAUGGUUCUAAGAUACUAAAGCUGAACACAAAUUCGAUGAUGUUUAUUUAAAUAUAAUUCGGCUACAUGAUGAUUUAUUUAGAUAAAGAUAAUGAACAAUCCAGAGCAAUUAGCCCAUCACAACAAUUAAAACCUCCAAUCAACUUCCAGAAACAAAAGAAAAACGUAAAAAAAGUUGUAAUUAAUACAAUUAAGUCUCUCUCAACCUGAACAACAAUUAACUUCCCAUACCGGUUAUUACUUUAAAUUAUAUUAAUAUCUCACAACUAAUUCAUAAAACUAAUCAAUUUGAAAACAGUUAAUUGUAUCAUGUUAAUCAACAGAUUUUUUUUCUCGUUUCCUUAUAUCCAAUUCAACUGAAUCAUUAUCCAAAUUUCAUCCAGGAAAAAAAAGAAACUCAAAUCUAUUGUAAUUCUUAGUAAUAUACAUGUGAACCAUGUUUAAAAAGUUGAUAUUAAUUAUCUAAUCUUUCAAUUAAUUCUAAACAAUUAAAAUCUUAAUAUGUUAUUAAGCGAGAAAAAGUUGAAACUUUCCAAUGAUUAACUGAAUUGUUCCUCUCCAGAGUUCGCUGUCUUUUCCCAUUUAAUUUGAUCCCUUCUCUUACCUCUUUCAUUUCCAUCAUCAUCUUAUCAUCAUGAUCAUCAUCUCACUCCCAGGAAACUCUGAAUUCUGAAUCCUGAACAAAGUUCUGAGUCCCUAUAAUCGUAAUGAUGUUAACAAAUCAUCAUUGAAACUGAGUCUUAACUUUUUUCCCUUCAUCUCAAUUGUAAGUAACACAAAGUUUCACUACUUUUAGAGACUUAAAUUGUACAAUUAAACAAUUGAUACUCUUUAUUAAAUUGUGAUUAAAUUGUUGUCUCUUUGAAAUUGUGAGUAUAAAGAAAAUAAAAUAAAAUAAUUCCCAAUUAAAGUGAAAAUUGUGCUUAUCCCUUUUGGAUUAAUUUGUUGAUUGUUUGCUAUCAAUUAAAAAUAAAAUAGACCAAUAAAUGGAUUAAUCUAUUGUGAACAAUUGGAUUAAAUCAACUGUGUUAAUCAAAUUAUCAUGAAAAUUAAUAAUAAUAAUCAUUGAUUUAACUUUGAUUGUGAAAAAUGUGAAAAUGUUUAAUUAAACUUUAAUCAACAAUGAAGUGAAAAUUUUCAAAUCAUCAUCAAUCAUGAUUAACUUAAUUUUGUUAAAAUUAUCAUCACUAAUUAAACUGUUAAUAUUGUUACAAUUAAAUAUUUAUAAACAUUUUAUAAAUUGUUCACCGGAUAUUCUUGAGAUAACUGUCCCUGUAAAUGGAGCAGUUAAGAUACCAUGUAAUGUUUCACUCAGUGGAAAGGAUGAGGUUCUUGUUAUACUCUGGUAUCAGAACGGAAAUGCAACCGGUCCACCCUUUUAUUCACUUGACUUCCGGGAAUCACGUCCACAGCAUUUUCUUCAAACUCAAUUCAAGAAUCGUAUCACUCUUGGAUCGACAUUUGAUCCACCCUUUUUACUCAUUAAUCCAGUUAAUCCAUCGGAUGAUGGCUAUUUUUCAUGUAGAGCUGAUUACAAAUGGGCUAGAACGAAAACCCAAACAAUCAAGAUAAAUGUCAUUGUCCCUCCAAAGGGUAUGUUUAUAAAAGAUCGAUUGGAUCAACCUGUAUAUGCCAUCGCUGGACCAUAUCCACAAGAUGAACCAAUGGAGUUAACCUGUAUCGCUGAAAAUGGUAAACCACCUCCCAGAAUUUUAUGGUAUUUAAAUGAUACUUUAGUAGACGAGACUUAUGAAAUAAUGGACACACCAUCAACCAAUUUAUCAUCAACAUCAUCAUCAUCAGCAUCACAGGCAACGAUAAACUCUCAUGUUAUCAAUCGUUUAUCAAUCUCAAAACUGGAUCGUUCUUAUUACCAAUCCGUCCUUACCUGUCAGGCAAUUAACAAUUAUCAUCCAUCAGUUCCCGUUUCAAUAUCAAUAAGACUCGACAUGUAUCUUAAACCUGUUGAUGUUUUAAUUAAACCUAAUGAUGAACCUUUUGUGGCGGGAAAAAAAGUCGAAGUGGUUUGUUCAACCUUUGGAUCUAAACCUCCAGCAAAAGUUAAUUGGUUCCUACGAAAUCGAGAGCUUAAACGAACCAGGUUAAUCCACUCCCCUGAUGGUAACUCGUCAACAAGUACACUCAUCUUUGCUCCAUCGGCUGAUGAUGAUGGAUCCAUUCUGAUAUGUCAAGCCCAGAAUCCAAAUAUAAAGAACUAUUUCAUGGAAGACAAAUUACCUUUAAAAGUGCUUUAUAUGCCUCAGCCUCCUAAAGAUUGCAGCUUGACCAAUGAUACUUCCAACUCAAUUCUGAUUACUUGUUUCAAUCCAGAUCCGUCCAAAAGCCUUUCAACAAACUCACCAGAAGUUUAUUGUCUUGAAGUUUACGAUAUUUCAACAAGUUCCUUAAUACUUUUCAUGGAGGAUCGUUCACCUCGCUUCAAAGUUUCACUUCCAAAUUUAAAGGAUAUUCACGAAUACAGUUUAACCAUUUAUGCCAAAAACUCAUUUUCAAGAAGUGCCUCCGUUAAUAUAACAGUCAAAAGUGAGACUUCAUUACUGUUGAACCAGGUAGCCAACAGUUCACAUUCAGAUGUGCCUCAGCCUCCUAAAGAUUGCAGCUUGACCAAUGAUACUUCCAACUCAAUUCUGAUUACUUGUUUCAAUCCAGAUCCGUCCAAAAGCCUUUCAACAAACUCACCAGAAGUUUAUUGUCUUGAAGUUUACGAUAUUUCAACAAGUUCCUUAAUACUUUUCAUGGAGGAUCGUUCACCUCGCUUCAAAGUUUCACUUCCAAAUUUAAAGGAUAUUCACGAAUACAGUUUAACCAUUUAUGCCAAAAACUCAUUUUCAAGAAGUGCCUCCGUUAAUAUAACAGUCAAAAGUGAGACUUCAUUACUGUUGAACCAGGUAGCCAACAGUUCACAUUCAGUAGAUGAAAUGUAUCAAGAUAACUUUCCCUACAUCACCUGUUGGCUAUUGGUUUUAAGUGGACUAUCAAUCGUAGUUUUACUAUUCAUAGUUAAAGUUAAAAGAUGUCAAUUACAAGAAAGUGAUGUCCAAAGUUCUGAUGGUAAAAAGUCAACCAAUGAAACUGAUUCAAGUAUAGUUCCACCUGAAACCCUGAGCACACCUGAUAGCUGCCAAAUGAAAGAUAUUUUAACAAAGGAGGCAAAACGAUUGACAACAAUCAAUCUCAAGGAACAGAGCAAAUCAACAGCACCGGAUAUAAUUGAGCUUAGCUGUGACUCUUUGGUAGUUAACCAUAAUGAUGGACAGGAAAAGAAAACAUCUAUUGGAGAUAUCUCUGAAUUCAUUAUCAUAGAUGAAGAUUCGUAUCCAGUUCAUCUUAUUUUGUCCGAGGAAGAUGAUAUUGAUAAACAUCAACGUGUUUUCUGCUUAUCAACAUUGGUCUAAAUUGGGAUGAUAAAUAUUUAAUUAAACUACAACAAUCAAGGAAAAUGAUUAAUAAUAUUUAGUGGUGAAACUUUUUUUCCACCUUCAACAAUUUACACAAUCGACAAAUGGAACAAUUUAAUCUGAUCAUAAUCAAACAAUUGUAACAACCAUCAGAGUUUAACUAAUAACAUGUCAAAUAAUUCAAUUUUGGAAUCAUCAAUGUUUCUUAUUGAACAACUUUGGAUUCGAGUGAAUUUUGUCCAAGUGCCUUCAAAAUGAGCUCCCAAAUGAUGGAGAUCUAAUUGAAUAAAUUUUUCUUAAUUUCCCUCAACAA